GUAACCAAUGGCCUUGAGGGCCUUGACCUUGGGACGGAGAAAACAGUCAGAUUCAUCUCCAAAACUAACAAAGGCCUCUUUUCAUUCUCUCUCAUCGUCUUCUCUGCAGUCUGCAAUCUCGGAGAAAACACGUUGGACCAAUUCUUGGCUAUUUUAGCUUUGCGUACGCACAAAUAUAUUUAUAUGAAUGAGUGAAUGAGAACUCCGCCUUCUCUGCUCUCUCUCACAAUUGACUCAGCUCUCUUCAACCUAUCCAGCAUAUCCGAUCUCUCAACUCUCCCUGAACACAUUCUCAUCGAUCUCUUCCUGAAAACUCUGAGAGCUGGAAAGCUAAAUGAGAAAGUCUUGAAGCUCUUCAAAGCAACUGGCAAAGAUGAAAUCCUCUCACUGAUCCAGGCACUUAAUAUUCGGCAUACCCUCACCCCUGUCUUUCCUACCAGAUGCUCUGAAAGGUUUUGAGAUUGGGUGUUGUUGUGUGAGCACAUUGUAUAACAUUUUGAAUGCAAAGGUCCUUUAAUUAAACAAGGCCACACAAGUUUUGUUGUUUCUUGUUCUCUCAACGCCUGUUUGAAGAUGUCUAACACAAGCAUCAACAAUAAUGAGGUUGACAUCGUGAUUGCGGCAAUCAACUCCGACCUGGAGCCAUUCAUGAAUGAAUGGAGAUCAGUAUUCUCCCAGUUCCACCUGAUUAUUGUCAAAGACCCUGAUAUGAAUGGGGAGCUCCACAUUCCGGAAGGGUUUAAUGUGGAUGUCUUUACUAAGUCUGACAUAGACCGAGUGGUGGGCUCUUCCACUUCCAUUCUCUUCUCUGGUUACUCGUGCAGGUACUUUGGUUAUCUAGUAUCGCGGAAAAAAUAUAUUAUCUCAAUUGAUGAUGAUUGCAUUCCCGCUAGGGACACAAAUGGUGAUUUUGUAGAUGUAG